GGCCUGGCUUCUUUAAUUUUACUCACACCACAUCUCUAAUAAUCCCCUCUUAUUAUCUGAUAUUUUAAUUUUUUGUGAAUAGAAAAAAUAAAAUGGGAAGAGCACCCUGUUGCUCAAAGGUGGGCUUACACAGAGGAGCAUGGUCUGAUGAAGAAGAUAAACUCCUUACUCAAUACAUUCAAACCAAUGGUGAAGGUCAAUGGCGCUCCAUGCCUUCCAAAGCUGGACUAUUGAGAUGUGGGAAGAGUUGUAGGCUGAGAUGGAUGAAUUAUCUAAGGCCAGGUAUCAAGAGAGGAACCUUCACGGAAGACGAGAAUGAAACCAUAAUCCGGCUUCAUUCUGUCCAUGGCAACCGGUGGUCAUUUAUAGCCACCGAACUCCCAGGUCGAACUGACAAUGAGAUUAAAAACCACUGGAACUCGCACCUUAAACGCAGGGGCGAGAACCAGCUGUCCGCAGUUAAUGAUCCCACUUUAGAAAACAAAAAACCCAAGAGAAAGCGAAAACAACCAAAUCAUCAAAAGUCAACCACAAAGGUAAAAACCACAAAAAAACCUCUAGAAGAAAAUAAUAUGAAUGUUGUUUCAACAGAGUCACUAGGAUCGUUGACAUUGACUAAAAGCGAUAGUUUUGAUAACGGGGUGAUGAGUGGUGCAUCAUCGAGCUCCACAACAACUGAUCAAGAAGAAGCUGCGGGUGAUUUAUCAAUUGCAAUGGAUGAUUUCAGUUGGUCUUAUAAUUGGACCCAAUUGUUUGAUCAGAUUGAAGGUGCUCAGUCAAACGACAAUAUGUCAUUGGAAUUGGACGGCUUAGAUUUAUUCAUGCCCAAAGAUGAUGAAAGCGAAGAAAUGCUAGAGAAGUUGUAUUGUGAGUACUCGAACUUGCUUCAAGACGGAGAUAUAAUCGCCUAGCUAGCUAGUCAUCAUGAAAAAUAUACGUUUAAUUCUAUCAUCAUGUGUUAUUAUUAUCUAACUUUUGUAAGUGAAGUACUUGCCCAAUGAUAUAUAUAGAUAUUGUGUGUCA